CUCUCUUAUCUCUUAAAAACUUCAAUUUUUUGUUUUUGUUUUUGUUCGCUCUUUCUCUUUCUAUAAUCUUGUUCUCCAUAUCUCAGAAAAAUGGCCUUUUUCUUUUUCUUCUUCUUCCAAUCCCUAACAAAACCCCUUUUUAAACUUCUAAUCUAACCUGCACAUGAUUUAAUAUAUACCUGAAUUAUUUAUAAAGGUUGUUGCUUUACCAAAGAAAUUUUUUUGGAUGGCGUCAACGCCACCACACUGUUCAAUCACAGCAACUAAACCUUAUCAAAACCACCAGUACCCUCAAAACCACUUAAAAAACCACCGUCAAACCCACCACCAUCGCUGGACCAAUCAGAAAGUAUCUCUCACCAAACCCCCGCUAGCUCCCUCUCCUUGCAAUGCACCAAAAGCCGCCGCCGCUGCCGCCGCCGCCACCACCACCCAUCAUACUCCGAAUCCUACCUUCCAUUCACUCUCACCUCUCCAAUCUCAAAAGUCGGAUCUUUCCGCCGAUUUCUCGGGUCGUCGAUCGACCCGAUUUGUCUCCAAGCUCCACUUUGGGCGACCCAAGACUAAUAUGAACCGCCAUACAUCAGUUGCUUUGGAAGCUUUGCAACAAGUAAUCCAAUAUGGAAAAGACGAUAAAGCCCUUGAGAAUGUGUUGCUUAAUUUUGAGUCCAGACUUUGUGGACCUGAUGAUUAUACUUUCUUGCUCAGAGAGCUAGGAAAUAGAGGAGACUCUGCAAAAGCCGUUCGCUGUUUCGAGUUUGCAGUGAGAAGAGAGAGUGGAAAGAAUGAGCAAGGUAAAUUGGCUAGUGCUAUGAUUAGUACUCUGGGUAGAUUAGGUAAAGUAGAGCUUGCUAAGGCUGUUUUCGAUACUGCUCUUAAAGAGGGUUAUGGUAAAACUGUUUAUGCUUUUUCUGCUUUAAUUAGUGCUUAUGGUAGAAGUGGCUAUUGUAAUGAGGCUAUUAAGGUUUUCGAUUCUAUGAAAUCUAAUGGUUUGAUGCCGAAUUUAGUUACUUAUAAUGCUGUUAUUGAUGCUUGUGGCAAAGGUGGUGUGGAGUUUAAAAAAGUAGUGGAGAUUUUUGAUGGGAUGUUGAGUAAUGGAGUACAACCAGAUCGAAUUACGUUUAAUUCACUCCUUGCUGUUUGUAGUAGAGGUGGGUUAUGGGAGGCGGCUAGACGUUUGUUUAGUGCAAUGGUCGAUAAGGGGAUUGAUCAAGAUAUUUUUACCUAUAAUACACUUUUGGAUGCAGUUUGUAAAGGUGGACAAAUGGAUUUGGCUUUUGAGAUUAUGUCUGAGAUGCCUACGAAGAAUAUAUUACCUAAUGUUGUUACUUAUAGUACCAUGAUUGAUGGGUAUGCUAAAGUUGGUAGAUUAGACGACGCCCUUAAUAUGUUCAAUGAAAUGAAGUUUUUGGGUGUUGGUUUGGAUAGAGUUUCAUAUAAUACUCUUCUUUCUGUUUAUGCUAAACUUGGAAGAUUUGAGCAGGCUUUGGAUGUUUGUAAGGAGAUGGAGAAUGCUGGUAUUAGGAAAGAUGUUGUGACUUAUAAUGCACUUUUGGCUGGGUAUGGGAAACAAUACAGGUAUGAUGAGGUAAGGAGAGUGUUCGAGGAGAUGAAAAGGGGACGUGUAUCGCCUAAUUUAUUAACUUAUUCAACCUUGAUUGAUGUUUACUCCAAAGGUGGUCUAUACAAGGAAGCAAUGGAGGUUUUUAGGGAGUUUAAGCAGGCUGGAUUGAAGGCUGAUGUUGUUCUUUAUAGUGCACUUAUAGAUGCUUUGUGCAAGAAUGGAUUGGUGGAAUCUUCUGUAACUUUACUUGAUGAGAUGACAAAGGAGGGUAUUAGGCCUAAUGUUGUCACUUAUAAUUCUAUAAUUGAUGCCUUUGGUCGGUCAGCAUCUGCACAAUGUGUGGUUGAUGAUUCUGGUGAAACCACUGCCUUGCAAGUUGAAUCUUUGUCUUCAAUUGUUGUUCAGGAAGCUAUUGAAAGUCAAGCAGCAGAUAAGGAGGAUAAUAGGAUAAUAGAGAUAUUUGGGAAGCUUGCUGCUGAGAAAGCAUGCGAAGCGAAAAACAGCGGCAAACAGGAAAUUUUGUGCAUUUUGGGAGUCUUUCAAAAGAUGCAUGAGCUUAAAAUCAAACCAAAUGUUGUCACAUUUUCUGCCAUUUUAAAUGCUUGCAGUCGAUGUGAUUCAUUUGAAGAUGCUUCAAUGUUAUUGGAGGAGCUCCGAUUAUUUGACAAUCAGGUCUACGGUGUGGCUCAUGGGCUUCUCAUGGGUUACAGAGAAAAUGUUUGGUUGCAAGCACAGUCCUUAUUUGAUGAAGUCAAGUUGAUGGACUCUUCAACAGCAUCUGCCUUUUAUAAUGCUCUGACUGACAUGCUAUGGCACUUUGGUCAGAAACGAGGGGCCCAACUGGUUGUGCUUGAAGGUAAACGUCGGCAGGUAUGGGAGAAUAUCUGGUCCGAUUCUUGCUUAGAUUUGCAUCUGAUGUCUUCUGGGGCUGCUCGGGCAAUGGUUCAUGCAUGGUUGCUAAAUAUUCGCUCUAUCGUGUUUGAGGGACAUGAGUUGCCAAAGUUGUUAAGUAUUUUGACUGGAUGGGGCAAACACAGCAAAGUAGUUGGUGAUAGUGCACUGAGGCGGGCUGUUGAGGCACUUCUAAUUGGCAUGGGUGCACCCUUUAGGUUAGCCAAAUGCAACUUAGGUAGAUUUAUAUCAACAGGAUCCGUGGUUGCUGCCUGGUUAAAAGAGUCUGGCACGCUAGAAGUGCUUGUGCUUCAUGAUGAUAGAACUCAUCCAGAAAAUGUGAGAAAGAUCUCUUCUCUCUUUCCCCUCUCCCUGGGCUUCUUCAUGGGCACAUGGUAGUUAUUUCAGAUUGACAGUUCUUAUCCGGCCGAAGAUCAGUGUUUUAUCUUACAAAGCUGUUGCAAUCAUAUCUUAUCUCAAUUUGAAGUCAUGGAUCAUAGCAAUUGUGUAUAUAUUUGAAACAGACAUGAGAAGUUGCAUCCUGAAAUGUGUUUAAACAAGAAGUUGAAAUUUAAUGGCUGGCCGAUGCUUCUGGUCAGUAUUAUGUUUAGGCCUCA